GCCUUAGCAGAAUCAUUUUGUGAUAGAAAAAUCAUUAUACUAUGCAUUCUGGAAUCCAUUUAUGUACCGCCUUUUGCUUAUUUGAUUUACUCUUUUUUGCCCAUAUGAGUGAGAUUGUUUAUUUUUGCUGUGACCAAUGCAGACUGAGAACAUUUUGUCUUUGGAGAGGAAACUCUGAAUUUUAUCUACAAUGUCCUAGAAAGCUUGCUUUCUGAGGCAUUUAAGUUUUGAUUCUGGGGCUAAGACAACACCAUCUUUAGGUAUUUCAUUUAGGGAUACAGUUCUCUAGAGUGGUUUUUGGUGCAUGUGGCCACUAAUCCAGUGUCAGAUUUUCAGUUGGUAUACUGCUUAAACUAAAACUAGAGCAUUUACUCUCUAGAUUAGUUUGUCACCUGAAUUCUGCUUCCGAAUUUCAAACCAUCCAGUGGUGUUGAAGACAGCGAUCUCUUGCUGAGCUCAGUUAGUGUAAUGGCCACACAAGGUCACCUAUGUUUAAAUUGAUAUGUUCAGUCUAACAGUUUAAACCCGUGGAAUUCAAAUGGGUGGGCGACUUUGCAACUCUACAUCUUAUGCUGAUUUCCAGCUCAUUCGGUUGGCUGGUGCUGAUUACGUUAUGUUUGUUCAUUUAUAUCGGUUAUUAUCUAGUGGCUGGUCGCAAGCUGCGGCGAAUCACUUAUGAAGCCAAUCCCCUGAUAUAUUUAUUUCUGUGUGUCGAAGACAUAAUGAAAGCAUUGCACUAUUACUGUGCGAGCUUGCUUUAGCACCAAUCUUCAGAUGUAGGAAUUUCUUGGGCGGGACACCAAAUCCAUGUAUGCUUACUGAUUAACCAAUUCUCAAUGCUGGGUUGAUCCUAAAGAGAUACCACUUCCUCGUGAAUUUAUCUUGAAUUGUGACGAAUUUACUCUUGAAUCGCGACCUUUUGGCUCAAUUUUAUUCUAGUUUUGCUGAAGGAGCAAACCCCCUUUUCACCUUGAAUUGGUCCAAAUAUGCGAAAUUUCUUAGUUUUCGCGGAGGACUAGAUCCAAUAACCGGUGGUUUAUGGUUGAGUGAUAUUGCACACCAUUAUUUAACUAUUGCUAUUCUUUUCCUUGUCGUUGGUCAUAUAUAUAGGACCAAUUGGGGGUAUUGGUCAUGGAUUAAAGAUAUAUUUUGGAGGCUCACAAGGGCCCAUAACUUGCUGCGGAAUGAGGUCCACGGCACCGGUUGUCCAACCCCAACACGGCGGCCCCACUACUACUACCUACAGUUCUCUGUGCGGGAAAUGCCGCCCCAGCCCCCAGGCCACCUCGCCUCACGCACGGUCCGGCAACAAAAGUAACUGGGCCGACACGACGCUGCGUAGGACAGACAGGCCUGGCCUGCUGCAAGCAAGAGGGCCAUGCGCCAUUUUUCCUGACUAGGCCCAUUCAUGGAGCGAAAUAGAGAGAGAAGGAAAAAACAAGCGUGACGAGCCAAUCUGGCAACAAAACCACUGAUGAGUACUGAACAAGCAAAAGGGGGGAAACGAAAUCUCGUAUACCGAUCCCAAGAAUCUUGUGCUGGCACUACACAUUGCUACUUCCAUUUUUUCCUGCAAAAUUCAGGGUACAAUACAGUACAGGCUACGCAUCCAGCGGGUGGAUCAUACAGGCGGCGGGGGCAGGUCGAGGAGGAGCCAGAACCCGACGCAGCCGUCGGAGUUGAGGUUCUCCUGGAUGGCCAGGAAGUGGAGGCCGCCGCAGGCCUUCUUGGCCGCCUCCCAGGCCUCCGCCUCCUGCGUCACCGCGGGGGUCUUCUGGUACCCGGAGUAGAUGUACCGCGUCGACACCCCCGCCGACAGGAUCAGGCUCCCCCUGCCCGUGUCCGCCUCCAUCGCGCAGAUCUCCAGACCGUUCAUCCACGCUGAAAAAUGGAGGACAAAGGAAACACAGUGAUGACACGGCCAACUUGCUAGCGCAACUGCAAUUCUUCGACACUAGCAGUACACUUCUGGAAGCAUAAAACAUGUGCGAUCAUCUCAUACGACAUGCCAAAACUUGCCAAGGUUUACGGCAACUGAUCUCUCAAUUGCAUUUGCAUCGCGUAAAGAGAUCAGAGUAACCAACUGGUAUACGAGUACUGCUUAGAAGACUGCGAUUUUCUUUUACUCCAUAUUUACAAGCUACGACUAGAAAUCCUACGGAUCAUCAUCAUUUGUGUUUGCAAUCAGGCACUUAUCAUGAAAAAUCAAAAUUCACUGUCGAUCCACCACAUCAUCUCGAGUGCCUUUGGAGCUUCAGACUGCUUACUAAUUUCAGUGUCUUGACAGCACAUUGUCAUCUUCUACACAAGAAUAAGAAUGUGGCGUAGUGCAAACUUACCAGCUAGAGGCUUGGCGCGAGAUGAUUCCACGGCGACUCCAGGGACCAGCGUGCUGUCCUCGAGCUCGAACCCCAGCAGCUCCAAAUCGAGCCCCGCGCCGAAAGCGUACCUCCUCUCCAGGGAUUCCACCUCAUCUCUUACAGCUGCAGACGAAGCACAAUCACACAUCAACCCAACACAAUCUUGAGGAUGGCUUAAUCAAGGUAGAAAAUCGAACUAACACUCACCGGAGAAGGGCAGCUGCACGAACGCCCACUUGUCGCCGACGAGGUUCUCGGGUAGCGUGGUGGGGAACGGGUUGUCGAGCGCGAGCAGCGGCCUGGUGCCGGCCUGGAACCCCGGGUGGCGGCUGUACACGGCCUCGUACCGCUCCUCCAGCCACAGCAGCAGCGACACGCACCGCCGGCUCGGCACGGCCUUCACGCCGAGCUCGCCGCAGGCGCGGGUGAUGAUGGUCUGCAUCUGCGACCGGAAGAAGCGCACGCGGUCGGGCACCGGCACGCCCAGCGCCUCUGGCACGGCGGCCAGCGCGUCGCGGAGCGUGACGCUGUUGAUGGCGUUGUUGGGGAAGUAGCGGGUGAACUGGAGCGACAGCGUGGCGUCGCAGACCACGAGCUCCCACACCUUCUUGCCGCGCGCGUCCAGGAUGGGCCGCGAGCAGAAGUCCAGCUCCCACUCCCGGAUCGCCGCCGGGUCCGCGUCGGGGUCCAGGUAGCACACCUCCGCCUUCGGGUCCACCUCCUCCUCCUCCUCCGCCUCCUCGUCGACGGACUUCUCGGGGUCCUCCUCUUCUUCGGCGGUGUCGGCCGCCGCGGAGGCGGCGGUGGAGCUCUCGGAGGAGAUGGACCGGCACCGGCACGGCCGCGGCGACGGGCAGGCCGGAACAAUCACGCGUUGGCGACCGUGUGGGAGGGGCCGCGCGGAGAGGGAGACCGAGGUGGGUCGCCCUGGAGAGUUAGGGAGCGGGAGGCUCCGGCGCAGAGCGAGGCCAUGGCCGGCGACGAUGGCGGUGGCGGUCGUCAUGCCGCGCGCGGGCGCCCACGGCCACACGCAGAAGCUAAGCUAACGUUGCUGGUGCCUGGUGGCCUCGCGGCGCGUCGCGGCGUGCCAAUUCACCCACCACCCAGUGUGUGAUCGAUCUCUCUCUUCCGUUUGGGCGAUGGGCCGGCCCAAGCCCACGAAGAAGCCGAACAGGAUAACGACGACCUCGUGUAACGGAAAAGGAGAAAAACUAGAGGGUGGAAGACGGCGGUGUCCGGAGUCCAUAGAAAUAGGAGAGGAGGGGAGAAGGGGAGGAGGAGGCGGCGGGUAGCAGCAAGAAUGGCGUGCUCCACCAGCCUCUGCUUCUCGUCGACGAUUCCGUCUCCAGCCUCUUGCUCUUCCGGCUCCUCCCGCCUUCUCUCGAUCCGGCAAGUGUCCUCUGCCCCGUCCUUGUUCAGAUCGACAAUUCAAUACAAGCAACGGGGGCAUACAUUACACCGGAGAAGCCACAUGCUGGCCUUUGCUAGUGCAGAUGCACCACAAGGCAAAAGAAGCUCAGGUGAAAAUGUUGUGAUGGUUGAUCCACUGGAAGCUAAGCGUCUAGCUGCUAAACAGAUGCAAGAAAUCAGGGCCAAAGAAAAGCUGAAGAAGCAACGUCAAGCAGAAGCGAUUAAUGGUGCAUUGGCAAUGAUAGGACUGACUGUUGGAUUAGUAGUGGAAGGUCGGACAGGAAAGGGUAUCUUGGGGCAGCUGGCUGGAUAUUUGGCGGCUAUUUCUAGUUUAUUUGAGCAAUAGAGGAUCAUGAUUGGAGAUUUCUUUUUCACGUUCCUUGGCCAAGAGAGCUCUUGUCUGAAUCUUAUUUGUUGGAUCCAUCCAAUUUUUUGGGUAAUUAAUCUUAGCUGGCUGUGCAAUAACACAACCAGAUUUGUAUAUUUAUCAAGUACUAUAUCAUGGGCUGAACAUUAAUAUACAGUGUAACAGAUUUAUUCGAUGUACCCCAACAAUUUCUGAUGAUUAUUUGUGUUUAGUUGGUGAAAAAGUUUGAAUUUUA